AUGUCAUCAUUUUGUAUGGCACAAGAUCCGGAUGGCUUGGCUUUGGUAUUUGUUGAAACUAAACGUGGAGCUGAUGUUUUGGCUAAAUUUUUAUGCCAGUUAAAUUUUCCAGUCACAUCAAUUCAUGGUGAUCGCCCUCAGACCGAACGAGAACAUGCACUUCAAUCUUUUAGAUCUGGUCGUACUCCCAUUCUUAUUGCUACGGCAGUUGCUGCUCGAGGUUUAGAUAUACCGAAUGUUAAGCAUGUGAUUAAUUUUGAUCUACCGUCAGAUAUUGAGGAGUAUGUUCAUCGCAUUGGUCGUACAGGCAGAAUGGGCCAACCAGGCUCUGCGACGUCAUUCUUUUCUGAGAAAAAUCAGAAUGUGGUAAGAGAUUUGGUUGAAUUGCUUCGUGAGUCUAAACAAGCUGUACCACCGUGGCUAGAAGCACGUGUUGCUUAUCCAUCAGGAUCAGCGAGUCGUCGCAAUAAAAACAUAAAUAAUAACGUUAAUAAAAAGAAUCGGGUUAAUUAUUGUUCAUUUGACUAUCGACAGUAUGGUAAUCGAAGUAUUAGCUAUGUCGGCGGGUCCUUGCCAAUGAAUAACAAUACCAAUAACAAUAGUAGUUUACCGAAUGGUGGACUUGGACUACUUGGAAACUGUUCAUUGUCAUUCCCUAUUGCUAGUAAUCCUAGACAUCUGCAAAAUAAUACUUACAAUCCAUUAUUUCAGCCUGGUCAAAAUCAACAGUCCAAUAAAGUUUUCUGUAAAAAUAAUUCUAAUUAUGUCAAUCGAGUAAAUACGUUUACAGGAACACAUGAACAUCAAAAUAAUUCUUUAUCAGCAUCUGUUUCUUUAUUUCAUCAUCAGCCUAGACUUCAACAUCCACAACCAGCAACACUUAUGCCUGGAACCAAUCCAAAUGCUGCAGUUCAUCAGUUUUUAGCGGCAGCUGUUGCAGCUGGAAUUCAUCCUCUACCAUCUAAUGGUACAAAUAUUAAUGAUGGAAAUUUAACAACUAUGAGUAAUGGAGGUUUUCGAAAUCCACAUGUUCAUCCAACAAAUGGUGCACCAUUUGCUACACCUACCUAUCAGGCUUUCCAUCCAGCUGCUGUUUUUCCUUCAUCGAAUCAAGUUCCAUCACAAUCUGUUUCUUCUAAUGGUCGAGAUGGCUCUGGAACUGUAGUAUUUCCACCUGCUGGUCUUUAUCAUACAGGUAAUUUGAAUGGAACUAAUACACUAAACUCAACAAGUUCGGCCAAUCAUCAAACUUUACAACAGGCUCAUCCAACUACAGCACUUAUUCAGACUGGUUAUCCUGUUCAAUAUUACCCUCAAAAUCAACAACAUUUUUGUCCUGUAUCCAAUGGAAUUCAGCGUCAUUCACCUCAACAACAACACCAACAACAAGCUGUAGUCGCAGCUGCAAUGGCUGUUGCAGCCGCAAUGAAUAAUGGUAUUCAACCGAAUAAUGAGAACUGUAAUGCAUAUAUAUCUCAGCAUUCUCAAAUCGAAUGCAAUAUUCCACUUGAUCCUGUCACAGCAUCUAGUCCAUCUGCACAAAUAUCUAAAGGUGGAUCUGUUAUUCAACCGGUGUUUAGAAAUGAUGGUGACUGGUGGACAUCGGCCACACCAACAUAA